UCUCCGCCAUCUUUCGCACCAUUCGGCUUUGCGUUAAGGUUUUGAGCUCGGCUCUUUCCGUCACCCCUCGUCGGUGUUGAUAUUGAGCUCGGCGCCUCACCCAGACUGCUUUAUGUCUGGCAGCAGGGACCAUGCGCGGUCGCCAUAUUACGGAGCACCCCUCCUCUCCAGUCCCGUCACAGCAGCCAAGCAGGAGACGCUUACCGCUGGGGGGAGAGGACCGGUGAUACAGCAAAACUAAACCGAGGAUUCGCCUAGCAUGGAUGUAACCCUUGCACUCUGCUGUUGAGUGAUCCUGUCGCCUUUCACGCCAUUGGACUCUGGUCGAAAAAAAAAGAAAAAAAAAGAAAAAGGUUGCUUGUUCUUUUCCUUAUUCGGAUCCCCUCCCGAGUUGAUUCAGCAGUUAAGACUAGCUCACCGGUGAUGGAGACUGGGCAGCUAGCUCCGGCUAGUAGUUAACGUAACAACAAACUCACGCGGCGGCUGCUUCGAUUCGAGUGCUCGCGUUCGCCGCGAGACGCCAACGUCGUUACCGAACACCGGGGGAGGAACGUUGGGCGUUUAACGACGACGCAGUCUGACAGUCAACCGGCGAAGUACGACUGGCGUCAGCUGACGUUAGCCCGCUAGCUGCUGCCGCUAGCAUCGGUUGGCUCUCGCUAACUUGACUCGGCGUGGUGGUUAAAAGUCGCCACCCGACCACAUUUCCCCCCCGUGCUUUCUUCGCCUGGUUCUGUUUUUUUUAAUUUAUUUUGGGUGUUUUUUUUUUUAUUUAUUUUUUCAACCGGCUUGUCUGUUAACCGUAGUCUCGGCAAGACGGCGCCGUUAACGAGCCUUAUCGCCCACUGUCAGAGACCAACUACCGCCCGGACUCAGUCGGAAUGCAUCAUCCGGACCCCGCAGGAGACUCUGGCAGCGUCAGGAAGAUGCAGCACCAGGCCGUCUUCCACAGGAGGGGCAGCGGCGGCGGCGGCUCCACGCUGCCGGCUGUGGCCAACAACAGCAGCCACGUUGCCGCCGACGACUACCAGCCCCCGGCUUCUACUGCGUCCUCCACCUCCUCCUCCUCCUCCUCGGGGCCCCAUCACCCUCCUCCUCCCCCGCACAGCCUGAACCUCCAGCCCGCGCAGCCCACCGGGGCCAAGAAGAAGAGCGGCUUCCAGAUCACCAGCGUGACCCUGGCGACGGUCACGGUGAGCACCAACAACAGCAUCGCCGAGGACACGGAGAGCUACAUGGAGAGCGACAUGGACGAGUCGCACACGGAGGACCUGUCCUCCUCGGAGAUCCUGGACGUGUCCCUCUCGCGGGCCAACGACGCGGUGGGAGCGGAGAGGAGCUCCUCGGAGGAGACCCUGAAUAACUUCCACGAGGCGGAGACCCCCGGGGCCGUGUCCCCCAACCAGCCUUCUCACCCGCACGCCUUGGCCCAGGCUCAGCAGCGCGGCGGCGGCGGCGGCGGGGGCGGCGCCAUGGUGAACGGGACUAUGCACCACCAACACCCUAACCAUGCCCAGAGCUACCCUCUGACCGGAUCUCUCGCCCAGAAAAUGCCUUCAAACGUGGGUGGCCCUCAAGAGAAUGUCUCCCAUGCUGCCCCUCCGAGUGUAGUCCCCCAGCCUGCGGGGGUCGUGACCCCGGGGUCCCUCCCUGGAAUGCACAGCUCCGCAGCAGGCUCCACAGUUAGUGUUGCUAAUCCCCAGACCAGCAGUGUUAGUAAUGUGAAUAUGUUGAGCUCUGCCAAUGUGCCUGUCAGAGGGGGGGUCAGCGCGGGUGCGAGCGGCGGCGGCGGCGGCGGCGCUGGUGGUGUUGCUGUUCCUACUGGAGGUAGCCAUAUGUCUGCUGCUAACGUCAACAUGAUCCAGCAGCAAAACAUCAACUCUGUGGCCACAGCUGCUGCUGUCAGUGCCUCCGGAGGCGCCGGAGUCCCCAGCGGGACCCAGGGACGAGUUGGAUCAGCUGCGAGCGCUCCCGCGGCGGCGGGGCAGACGCCAGUGGCUGCCCCCGCUCCGGCCCCCGCGGUCACUGCCACCACCUCUCGCUUCAGGGUGGUGAAGCUGGACUCCAGCUCCGAGCCUUUCAAGAAGGGCAGGUGGAUGUGCACCGAGUUCUACGACAAGGACGCGCCCUCCGCCCCCGCGGCGUCCGAGGCGGCCGCGUCUCUCAGCUCGCGUCAGUUCGUGACGGAGAGCUUCGCCGGCGCCGCCGCCGGGGCCUCUGAGAGGGAGAGGGAGAGGGAGAGCACGAGCGGCAGCUCUGUGAGCAGCACCGUCAGCACGCUGAGCCAUUACGUGGAGAACGUGGGCAGCGGAGAGGCCGGCGGCUCCCCCGUGCCCCAGCACGCCCAGGAUUACGCCUCCCCUCCUCAGGGCUAUCAAGGAAUCAUCCCCAGUGGCCUAAGCAUGGGGGUACCUCACUCCCAAGCACACAUGCACACCCAGGAUCUCAACCAUUCUCAUCUGAAAACGACCGCCGCCCCCUCGGCCCCCGCCAGCGUCCACCAGCCUGCCGCCAUGCCGGGUCAACAGACUGUCCCACCGCAGCAGCUCACCUACGCCCAGGCCGUCAUCGCUAAUCAGACCCCGGGCUCCUCGCAGGGCCUCCAGCAGCAAAAGAUGGGCUACGCCCCCCUCCCUCAGCAGUCGGCCGCGUCCCAGCCCGCGGCCCCUGGAUCGGUCAGAGCGCCCGAGUACAACCCGGCGCAGCAGGGUGCGCCUCAAGCCGCCGCCGCCGCCUCUCAGCCUCUGUCCGGCCAGACGGGCUCGGUGCCGACCGGCCCAGCUAACGGAGCCACACAGAUGAUGGGGGGCCCUCAGCAACCCCAGGGGCUCCUCCACACACCGGCCCCCGCCUCCAGCGUGCCGCUGGGACAGCCGCCCCAGGGCCACGUCGACGCUCAGCAGAAGCCGCAGUCGCUUGCGACUCCGGUCCAGAACGCGGGCCCGAGCGCCCAGCUUCCCGAGCCGCAGGCCCACGGCGCCGCCAACGUGGGCCGGAUGGCCCCCCAGCCGUCUUCCAUGGGCCUGAUGCAGGACCACAGCAGCGUCCAGGCCCUGGUCCACGCCGCCCAGGCCAGCGCGCUGUACGCCAGUCUGCCCAGCUUCACCACCACGCAGCUGCAGGACGCCCAGCGGCUGCUCCUCCAGCACCAGUCCCUGCUGAAGCUGUCCGGCUCCAACGCCGGCCUGGGUCAGGAGACGGAGGGCAACAGCAACGCCGCCAGUGCCUUAACCGCACCAGCCGGGCUCAAGACCGUAGACGGGGAGGAUGAUGGCUCGUCCGGAGCCAGCGUGGUGGCCAUCGACAACAAGAUUGAGCAGGCGAUGGAUCUGGUGAAGAGCCACCUGAUGUACGCCGUGCGCGAGGAGGUGGAGGUCCUGAAGGAGCAGAUCAAGGAGCUGAUAGAGCGUAACUCCCAGCUGGAGCAGGAGAACACGCUGCUGAAGACACUGGCCAGCCCCGAACAGAUGGCCCAGUUCCAGGCCCAGGUUCAGACCGGCUCGCCGCCCGCCCCCCAGACGGCCGCGCCGACGGGACCCCCGGGCGCCGCCGCCCUCGCCCCGCCUGCCUCGCACAGCUCCGGGCCCUCAGCAUAGCCCGACGAGACAAACUGAGCAAGCUCUAGUUGGAAAAAGGCCUGCGUCAGCCGCAGAGCCGAACCUUGCCUUCUGCAGCAGGAGGUUAACGCUGUCAAGACGAGAAUUUGCACAUAUUUAUCUCUGAAGGAUGCAGCCAGCAGGACGAGCGGCGUUGUGCUUUCUCCACGCAGUGGACAGUGACAAUCUUUACUAUGCUGUGUCUGGGGGUGGGGGGGGGGGGGGGUUCAAUAGAUGAAUUAUCACACGUUUGCCAAAUAACCCAUGGUCAUCAACAAGAAUGUCUUACCAUGAAGAAAGAGUCAGUGAGAGCGUUUGUGCUUACUUCUAGAUUUAAAAUGAAAUCACUGUGCCUGUGUCUGGAUUUUAAGUGAUGGACUGACAGCGGAGCAGCAGGUGGUGGAGGAUUCUCCUGGUUUGUUACCUAUUUUGCUGAAUGAUGUAAAUAAAAUAAAAUAAAAAGCAGUUCUCUACCAAGGCGAGGUCCUGAGAAGAGAGCGAGACGUUCUUCUCUGUGACAGAAUAAGAUUGUGAGCCAUUAUUAUCAUGUCAAAGUCCCCAUCUGGAAUGGGGGAGGGAGUGGGAGGUCGUCUUGAACAGCGCUCGGCAGCAUUGGUGAUGUUACUCAGACGGCGGGGCUGGUGGGGUGGGAUGAACAAAACGUGCUUUCUUAUGAAGAUGAUGAUGAUAAAUCUAUUUUCAGUAUUUUUUUUCCCCCUCCCUUCAGGCUGAUAUAUUAUUUUUGCCCUGGACGAAGCUCAUUGUUCCCGUUUCCUCAGCCCCGUCCCGGCAUGUCGCUUCAGCCUCCAUGGACAGGGUUGACACUUUGGGCUUAAGCUGCAUUUUUUCGUUUUUGUUCUUCUUGUUUUUUUUUUUGCUAAAAGUUUGAUGGGCAGAUGACGAUGUACAUUUCUGUAUAGUGUAAGUAGAAUGUAAAAAAUAAAUGAAAAAUAAAAAAAAAGAGGAGAAAUGGCGGAUGGGAGAACAGAUGCUAUCUAGGUCACGCAGAUCGAUGCGGAUGAGUCUGUCGUCCGUCUAAAUGCUGUAAUUUCUGGACUUUUGAUCCAAAAAGAGGUUUAGGUUAUUUAACUGACAACAACCAACCAACCAUGUUGUCCUACUCUCUUACUUCAUUCAACAAUAACUCUGGCUGUAAACAGUUCCUCAUUGCUCUUUUUCUUUAAGUAUUGCACCAUAUUUUUUUAUUUUAUUUUUUGUUUUUUUGACAGUGGAAAAACUUUUUGAUCUGAAAAUGCAGACUUCGAAGGGGGGGGGGGGGAGACAAAAAAAAAACAAGUUCUGAAAAAUGUUCUUUGUUUUUCAUUCUGUGUAUCGGUUGUAUGCUCAUGUUCUGUGCAUGUUUCUUCGAAGACCGGAUGAGAUAACAAAAUACCUACAAUUGCACUUGACAGCUGCACUUCACAACUUUCAAUAAACCUGCUUAAGAGUACCA